AUGGGACGACGCACCUUCGCCAUCGCCACGGCGCUCCACCUCCUCGCACUCUACGGCGCCGCCGUGGCGCGGCCGCUGGUGGCCGCGACCUCCGGGACGACGACGUCGGAGCUCGGGCUGGCGCCGGCUGGCCAACGGCGCGUGGCAGCCGACGACGCGGCCGCCAGGGUGGGGAAGUGGCUGCCGUUCAUGGGAGGCGGCAGCACGCACCACCUCCCGGCGGCGUACUGGGCGCACAGGCCGGUGCCGUGGGUGGGGGCAGGCACGUCCCCAGCGCUGACCGGCGCCAGCGCCGUGGAGGGCGGCGAUGGGGAUCUCGUGCGGGAAAGGGAGCGCCCGUACGUGGGUGCCGCGACGACCCGGCAGGAGCAGCUCGCCAUGUGGGCGUCGCUGCUCAACACCAAGGGGAAGGGGAAGCCGGCCACCGACUGGCUUCCGGUGACGGGAAUCGGCGAGGCGGCCGAUGACGAGCCGGUGAAGGGGUCCGAGUCUGCCGAAGAGACGGAAGUGAUCGACCCUGCCGCAGCCGGCGUGCAGGCCGGCCAGACCUACUGGGGGAACAAUGGCAACUGA